GCUGCCUGCUUGUGUCAUAACAUAUUCUACAUUGUCCCCAUUUACCGAUCAUUGAUUAGUAUGGCGAGAUUUUCUACUUUCCUUCAGAUGUUUUGUACUUAACAACUUGAACACAUAAAACACUCAUUUAAGUACAUCAUGAAAACACUGGCAGACGUCAGACCCUUGCUUUUGAUUGGCUGCUUACGGGAUACAAGAUGUCUGCCUAAAUUGCAUUAUGGAUAGGGUAUCUGCACUGGCUGGUUCAGUGCAGAUGAUGAGCAUCCACUCCCGGGACAGACUAAGAAUUCACAUUUGUAUACCACUCCUCUGUGGUACCAGCAAACCUGACGAGAAUGAUAUGGAAGUCAUCUGAUGUGAAUUAUUCAGUUAAAACCUGUACAGUGCUAUACGAUAAUUACUUACUAUUUGUAACAUGAUUCAAUUAAUAUAGUUACAGCUGGUCUGACAAUUAGUUAGUCAUUUAAUGAACACUGCUACAGUUGAAUACUAAAAUUCAUGCAAAAACAUACAUAUAUAUGUCAAUAGUGCUCAUGACAGUUAAUUUUAUUUUAACAAUUCCUAAAUGCUCAAACUGUUCAAUGGCAGCAGUUGUUUUAGUUCUGUGAACUAAUUUCUGUGAUAUAUAUAUAUAUAUAUAUAAACAUACACACCAUUAGUUUUCCGAAACCUUCAAGCAAUAUUAAUAUUGAUCUAUGACUCCCUAAAACUGUUUGCUGAUAUUUUGUUUGGAUGUGAUUCUUGACAAAUCAGUCACGUGUGCGGAUCAGUUAAAAGAGUGACUUGGCCAGAUGGAAAAUAUCAAGAAACAUCUUUUCAGUAGCCGGUCUACUGGAAAUGAUUCCAGGUCGGUUUUCCACGUCAGUGCCAACACGAACGAGGCCACGAGUCAGGAAGUCCAGGACUGUUGCGAGAGCAUUGAAGAGUUCCACAAUGCAGUGAGAAACCUGGUGGGGGCGGGAACCCACCUGACGGAGACGCUGACGAAGGCGUUGAAGGACUCGUCAUACCAGUGUGUGGGUGACGAGUUCGCGGCCACGUUCCGUGAGGUGUACUCGUGCACUCAGAUGGCGCGGUGGGCUGACCAGAUGAAGGAGAUGGGCACGCUGCUACUCAACCUGAAGGAGAAACUCGACGAUAACAGGAUGGAUGACCUCAACAAGCUCUCGGCACAGACGUACUGUCAUGUGCUGAUGCUGUUUCUGAGGAUGCAGAAAGGCUACCACCACUUCUGUGAUGAGAAGCUGGACGCCCUCGUCAGCAGGCUGUGUGAUGACAAGGGAACUGACAGUCAGAAGGAAAUCACCAAACAGCUUCUUGGUGUCUUGGUUACCAAUGAGACGGUGAGACCAGACUCAAGAUCCAACAGCAACAGUCCUUCCAGCUCUCCCCGAGCCAGUCCAAAACCUAAAGAUGAAGUUGGAGCCAGCUCCCAUAAAACACAAAGAACAUUUCGGUCUUCAUUGCUGUCUUUGUUUGAACGCAAGCCAUCCCCUGAAGAGAGGAAAAGUGCCUUUUACGUUGACAUGAAUCAGGAUGUAGCAGGCUGCAUCACGGACGAGCUGGUCCCCCAGGCUGCAGGCAGCCUCGGUAGUAACGCUGGCGAUUCACAGACAAUGAAAACUGCUGAGACAACUGCUGAAUCCCCAACCACCACUGACUCCACACCUAGUUCUACCGCUGAUUCAGGAAGUGUUGAUUUGCUGGGACACGGUCCCAUGACUGCUGGCAGUCAGAGUGGCGUCCCCUUGAUAGGAGUUGGUGUCCAGGAUUUUAAUGUUGCUGGGCAUAAUUUACAGUUUGGACCAUCAGCAAAUUUUUUAACAACAGCUGGACUUGCUUCAGAGGAGGAGCUGGAGAGUGUGAUCAACCUGCUGUCUGGGGUGAACACCAGCAACUCGCCCAUGCAGGUGAUCCCCGAACACCUGGCUGUUCCGCCCAUCUACCGCAUGCCCAGUCCCUCAGCCUCAGAUUCCCAGGCCGAGGAGAUGAGCAUGCCCCGCGUCCAGCACCACCGGCGGUCCGAGAGCAGCCUCGACUUGUCGGGGAUGGGCCGGAACACCUGGCCACAUAUGCACCGGUCCAGUCUGCCCACCAUACAGCCGUUCAUCCAGAGACAGUACGCCGAUCAGCACAGAGACACCACCAUGUUGAUGCGACCCCCUCUCCCAGACUCGUACCGCAAUAACGCUGGCUACAUGUUGCCAGGUGCUUUGAAUUCACAGUGUUCUGGAAUGCAGUUGGGAUACCCGGGAGGGUGGCCAAAUAAACAAAGUUCUGACACGAUGACGAGUGGCUGGUCUGGCGUCCAGGACUCGAGUGAUCUCAGCGACGAUUCUUCCAGCGGGGAGCAGUUCUAUACUGUCAGUCGGGACUUUGUACAAGCCAUAGAAACCAAAGAUGACAGCAGUGAUGACGAGUUUGACAAGGACAGGAGAAAACAGCAAGGUUCUGCUCAAAUUGCUGGUAUGGAGGUUCAGAAUAACUGUUCCAUUAACACUUGGCUGUCAAAGCCUUGGUCCCAGUCUAACCAAUUCCUCAGCUCGGAUGUUCCGCUGCUAGAAGCCUCCGAGGAGCCUCUUCCCACUCACCGCCCUGUCCAGAUGCAAUGGAGUGAUCCUAUGUCUACCAGACGCAUGUGGCCGACAAUUGCUCCAGGUUUUACACCACAGAGAACAUCACAGAGUAUGCAAGGAUUUGGAAAUCUUCAGUGAAGAAAGUAUUUGAUGAAUCUUCAGGAAUAAAAGGGACGACUCCCAACAUUUUAUAAAAACACAGAACACCACUUGAUUUUAAAAAUAUGUACCAUAAUUUAUCUUCUGAAUUAAACUCCUAGAUGACAAA